GGAAAUGGAUAGUCAUAAAUUAAAUAGGAAGACUCUAUCCCCUGGUUCACUGUCUACAAGCUCGUGAGCUCGCGAGGUUACAACUUUUUUCUUUUCUUUUUUCUUUUAUUUUUUUAUACAGUCUGUGGCUGUGGGUUACAGUCAGACCCUCUUGAGAAAGAAUGAACGUAACAGAAGUUCUUCGCCCCUCCUUCUCUUCUACUCUGGCACUCUUUCUGGCAGCAAUAGCCUAACGUUACUUCACAAUCGUUCCAAUGAAGAUCAAUGGGAGGACACAGACAUUCACCGAUGAGUGUGCGCGGAAUUAACCCAUGAGACUCUCAAAGCCCAAGCAUGAAUCAGGGGAGCGGUGCUUGUUUGUGGACCUCAGUGCCACAACAAUGCCCUGCACCAUCUGAUCGUUACAAGCACGCUUCUUGUGCCCACAGAGAAAAUGUUUACUUACUAGGUGGUAGAGAAAAAUGCUCGCUGGUAAUGGAUUUCUGGAAAUAUAAAGUGGUCUGUAAUGAGUGGACCAAGCUUCCUUGUAAUAGUGAAGAAGCACCUGAAGAACUGGAGGAGCACACUAUGGUAGCACAUCAGGAAUUUCUCUAUGUCUUCGGAGGAAUGCAAGAUUCAUCGUAUACUAACUCAAAAAUUCCCUUUUGGGUGUUUGAUAUAGUUAAAAACUGCUGGAUUAACUGGAAAACAGGGAGUGACAAUUUACAGGGAGUGACACCAGCAAACAGAAAAGGGCAUAGUGCAGUCAUCUUUGGGUCAUUUAUGUAUGUCUAUGGUGGAUACAUUGAUAUAAGAGGAUCAACAAAAGAAUUCUGGAAAUUUGAUUUUGAUUCCAGGAUGUGGUCACUACUAAGCAGUGCACAAGGUGGGCCUGGUCCCAGACAUGGUCACUCAGCUGUGACACACCAGGACUGUAUGUACCUCUUUGGUGGCUUGCAGGGCCUUAGGGAACAGAAGGACUUGUGGAGCUGGAAUUUUGCCAGUCAAACCUGGAGCCACAUCAAUUUCCAUUCAGGUCCCCCGAGGCUGGUUGGUCACUCUGCUGUAUUGUUCAAAGACAGCAUGCUCAUCUUUGGUGGAGGGGACACCCAGAGUUCCCCUCAGAACAGCUUGUGGACGUUCAACUUGAAGACAAAGGACAGGACCUGGAAGAAGCUUGCAUUGUUGCCUGGAUCUGCCUCUCUGUGCCGGAUUCACCACUGCAGCAUUGGCCUAGGCCAGAGUUUCCAGCCAACAGCACCAAACAAUGUCUUUUUCAGGGAAAUACCCUACUCUCACAACAUCAAUAACAAGCUGAGGCCAUUUAAGAACAAAUGCCAACCGUCACUCAGCACAAUGCAAGAGCCCUGUAUUGAGCUCCAGACUUUCUAUAUGGACAAUAAGAAGUGUUUAGCAGAUUUGAGUACUGCACUGAAAGACACUAAGCUUAAAGGAAGCUGUCUCACCUUUGAGAAUCAGGAGGCUGUUUGCAAGGAGGGGGAUAGUGGUGACCUUACAGAGGAAAACGAGGACGCCAUGUUUCUCCAUAUGCCUGACUUCCUGUUAGUCCUGGGUGGUAAACCUCUACAAGGACAGCAUAUGAUUUCAGUGUGGCAUAUGACAGUGGCAUAAAUAUGAUGUUUUCAGUGCAUUCUACUUUCUCUAUGAGAAAAGAAAAGGCAUUAACAAAAAUACCCAUAUAUCCUUGUGGGAGAACGUUUGCAUUAAUGGAUUUCAGUCAUGUACAAACUCUUUACAGCGUCUGUAAUUAUUACCUUGAAGGUGAAGUUUGUCAUUUUUUAUGGCACAAUACUUUCUCCUACCAUUUUAAUGUGUAUAAACCAUAAUCAACAACUCUAAGUUAGAUAUUUGGAUGAUGUCCCUGACAAAUCGCUCUGAGGUGCUAUCAGAAUAUUGCUCUAUAGUUUAAUUGACAGAGACUGUGAUAUUUUUGUUCUCUGUGUGUUUUGUAAGAUCCACGGAUAUUACUGGCAGAACAGCAGCAUCAUGCGACCUUUACACAUUUAUUUUCUUGCCUUCACGUUGUUUCAAGAUGGCUGCACUUAAAUGAUUUAAUAAGUAAUGCAUUACACGAGUAAUAUGGAAUCCAUUCUCAACUAUUAAAAUUUGUUACAGCAGUAGUUAUGUUAUCAUUAUUAUUUUAUUUUAUUUAAAAAGUAAUAUAGGAAGGUUUAUAAACAUAUAUUCCUAGAAAACUAAAUGUGUAGCAUGUUUGUAUUAAAUAAACUAUGCUAGCUACAAAUUGUUAAAAUAGUUAUAUAUAUAUAUCAAAACCAUUUAUAAAUUAUGCUUAUGCAGUAUGUAUAUAUUCAAACCAAAAUUUACUAACAGAGACCUUUAGCAUUUCUCACAUUAUCAAAGUUUAUUAUCUAUAGUUUAGAAACGGUAAUAAAAUAUGAAAAGAACACAGAGUUAUCAAAUCAGUUGAUAUUCAACUGGUUUUGGCCCUCCUUCUGUUAGACUGUCUUACAAAUGAAAUAGGUUGAACAGCUGUCAACACAUUUAGAUAAUACCAAUAUAGGUCAACAAAUUACCCAGCAAUGCUUAAUUUUAAUUUUGGUUUGUGGUAUAAAAGGUUGCAUUACCAUUUAAAAAAAAAAAAA